AUGGUCGUCUACAGUUCAAAAGCUCUGGCUAUAGCUGCUUUGGUGAUAGGUUCUUCAUCUUCCGCCUUUGGAUGCCUCGUCAUCACUGGAAAAGCGUACAAUCCAAAUACCUUCGGUGAUGGCACCAUCACUACAACUGAUAACGGUGUUCAAACCUGCAACGGCGAAAUCGGUGUUGGAGACAAAAACGUCGACUGCAUUUCCGGUUAUUCGCUGAACUACGACUAUACGGAUAACAGCGAGGAUGGACCGAUGCCCAUAACCUACUGUAACCCAUCGAACUGGUACUUAUUCUCUUGGCUGAACGUUAGUUUGAUCAUGGAGGAGAUGCAGGGCUAA